AUGCCUUCCUUUAACCCAUUUACGUCGGUGACCGGAAGACACGCCUACACCCUCUUCGAGAUCCGACUCGAGAAUGACUUCAUUGUGUUCCGCGGCAACGAACAUGAAUCGUCGGGACAGCUUCUGAAGGGCACCGUCGUGCUGUGCCUACCGUCUUCCCUCAAAAUCGAAGACAUACAUUUGAGAUUGACGGGCACGCUCCAAUACAAUUGGACGGACACGAAGGUGACACCCACAGGGAUAUCGAGCCAAAAAGUGGACAGAACUUCAACAAUAUUCUCGCACAGAUGGACCCCGUUUGCCGGUAUUGGAGCGCCCGACGGCUCGCCGAACUCGUCUGCCACCGCUACACAUACCAAAGGUGUUAUCUUGCCGGCCGGGAACUACGAAUGGCCCUUCGAACUGCUGCUACCGGGGCAGACGACGGAGAGCGUCGAAGGCAUGCGCGAGGCGAGCAUCACAUACAAGCUCAAGGCAACGGUAGCACGGGGAAAGCUGGCAUACGAUCUGCACGCCUAUAAGCGCCUGCGAAUCAUCCGAACCCUCGAGUCGUCAGCCCUCGAAUUCCUACACGCCAUGAGUGUCGAGAAUAUUUGGCCCAACAAGGUUGAAUACUCGAUUGUGAUUCCGCAAAAGGCAGUCGUUUUUGGCAGCUCAAUUCCUCUCGAGACGAGAUUUACACCGCUCCUGAAAGGGCUGGAGUUGGGCGAUAUUACAAUCAGGCUAUUGGAGGUUCACGACAUUCUUCUACAGUCGCACGCGGCUCACAGCGUCCGGGAGCACAAAAAAGAAAAGGAGAUUGCGUCCUGGACCAUUCCCAUGAGCAGGGACGAGCAUUGGCAAGACAUGAUCGAAGACACGGGCCAAGAGGGCUGGGUGAUGGGCACUGCCUUGGAUCUGCCGAGGAAGUUGGGCAAAUGCCUCCAGGACGUGAAUGCGCAAGGGAUUAAGAUCCGGCACAAGUUGAAACUUGUCGUUGCGCUCAAGAACCCCGACGGACACAUCUCCGAGCUUCGCGCAACGCUUCCCGUGACCAUUUUUAUCUCGCCCAACAUGCCGUUGGACGAGGAUGGAAACCUGGUACGACAGCUACCACAAGGAACGUCGUCGGAAGAGGUUGCAGCCAUUGCCCCGCCAGGCUACGGCGAGCACGUUCUCGACCAGCUAUACGAGGGCAUAGAGCCCACAGGUCUACAGACACCGCACCCGCAAUCAGGCAUGGGCAGCCCUUUGUAUGGCCAUUCCCGCUCAGGAUCCGCCGAGAACCUGGGCUCUCUGGCCCACAAUAUGGGGGUUACUCCGGCGGCGCUUUCGUCUAGGCUACAGAGCAUGUCCUUGGAGGCGUCGCACCGCAGCCACUCCUAUACUUCGGUAAGCUCAUUGGGCGGGUUAUCAGGAGCCAACACUCCCCGUCAUCCUCCCGGUGAAGCGCCAACAUCGGCUCCUUCGCGAGUGCCCCCGUCGGCGCCGCUCUCUCGGCAAAACAGUGAUGAUCAAGAAUCGUCGGGGUCGAGCACGCCAGAGCACCUUGACUUUCCCGAAAUAUCUGAGCUGAGCAAGGUGCCCAGCUAUCAGACGGCCGUCAAGGCGCCAAUCAGACACACAACCUACAACUCAAGCUUAGAGCUCCCGGACUAUGCAACGGCGACAACAGCCCCAGGUUCCCCGGAAACAUCACCGGCAUUGUCUGUAGAAGAGAAUGCCGGUGUCAUCGACCCAUUGACGUCGAUUGCCGAGGCUGAGGAGCCUGUGCCACACGGCGCUGCUGCUAAUAAUGGUCGUAGGAGACCGAUGGGACAUCGAAGACGCCAGCUGUCACGGAGCCUGUUUCCUCAUGCCUUCCACCCGGAGGAGCGCCGCCGAUUAGAGCUGAUGCGAACCCGGGAACGAGUGGUCUAG